CGUAAAGCCUGAAGUAUGUACAGUCCUUCACAACUGAUUUCGAAAUGAAUAUAAGUACGUGUAUGUCGUGUCUGGCGAGGCGGGCUCCCGACGCUCUCCGGGUGCCGCUCUUAGAACUAGAACUAGAGGCACAACCCGGCGUAGCACUUCGUUGACUAUUUGAUUCGAAUAAAUUAUGAACCACGCUUCGAUCUUCGACGAAGAUCGAAGCGUGGUUCAUAAUUUAUUCUAUCGUGCUGAAUCAAAUCAGUAGUUGCUGCACUUCUCCAUCGCCGUUGACAUAAACCCAGAAUAUAAAUUAGUUCUUGUUGUCCUCGUAGCACACCCGCCCAACGACCUGAAUAAUUUGAUACGUCGAUCAGUUGCAACAUGUUCAUGUUGACACGUAGAUUAGAACCCGCCACUAGAAUGUUGACGAAGCUACAACAUGACCACGACGACCUCGUUUUCCUCGUCGUCCAUACAAUAUCGUCGUGGUCAGUCGUACGUAAAUCGUCUGUCUACAACUGAUAAAUUCAAGUCGUACGUAAACUCGUCCGUCGAUAUUGUUAUCAAGGUCGUCCAUGACAAUAAAUAUCAAUCAAGGUAGGUCGUAAAAACUCGUUUGUCUACAACUGACCACGAAAUUCUAACAUGGACUACAAAUUGUGAUCAUGUUUUUCUGAUUCUUGAACCAUCUUCACAGGCGGAAUGCUUUUUUUUCUUGAUUGCGAUGAAAAGCAAAUAAAUUUGAAAAACUUGUGGCUUUCAUCCAUCGAAGAUCACCAUCUGCAGCGUUUAAGUCAAAAGAAGUGCAGUUGUGCCUCUACCUGAAAAACCCCUUCAAAAAAAUCAUGAAGCGAGUCUUUCAGUCCAGUCUCUUCCUUGUGGUGGCCGUUCGACAGCUGCUCGCCGCAGAAGUAUGCAUUGCAAAAGUAUCGCGCUAGUAUCAUUGCAUUACAAAUCACUGGCUCAGCUGCAUUUUUACAAAUUAUUGAAUUUGUAAGCGCGGACGAUCUAAAUUAGCAACUAGACCGCUACGAGUGCAAUGCUUUUGCAAUUCAUAAGAACAGGAUGGCAGCAGUGUGCUCUGCAAAGAUGCGGCAAAAUUCGGGCUCGUGCUUGACAACAAUUGUAACACCGCCGACACAAAUUAUAAUCUUGGCAACUACGGAGUCAUUGUAUCUCAAGACAAUUCAUGCAACCCCCUCCUAGCACCCGAUAAGCCAGGUGCUUGCAAUGCUGAGACUUGUUGCGCAUGCAGAAGUUUAAACGGAGAGGAUUUAUUUUCAAGUGUGGAAUCCAACUGGCUUGGAAGCCCCCUCUACGCCUUUCAAAUCUGAUGCCUGGGUCUGGAAAACUGCUGGAAAAUUGUCCUGCUGUGCGUCUGGAUCACACCGAAAAGCUGUCCUGCAUGAGCAGGAAAAUUAGGUGGCUAAUUUUGAUUUCGUGUACCAGGAAAGGCAUUUUUUUCUUACCGGGAUUACAGGCCGACAAAGACGGCAAUGCGAAAUCCGUGAUGCUAGGUAAUGCCACCCAGAACCCGGUGGCCAUCCAAAAGGUGCAUGACAAACUGAAGCAUGAUAUGUCUCCACCCCUGCGACUGUUUGCACAGACCCAGGCCGCAUAGUAUUUGCACUUUAUACCAUCUCCGGCUUCUGUCACCAGCCUACUUGCGGGAACGUCGAUGGGAGAAAAACAGCCUUCCAGUGUGGUCCGACAACCGAGGAAGGCCGGGUGGAGCACAAGUUUAAGGGUUCCGAAGUAGAGGAUACCGUUUGUCUGCUAGAAACAGCCACUGAAAAUGAUGACCGCGGUUGUAUGAGAGCAUGUUGUGAAGUCCACGCCAGCACCUGCGCGGACAUCGACGGAAAGGGUACUCCGUUCAAGUGCCGCGACCCGCUCCGUCCCAUGCACGAGAACCAAAAAGCCGCAACAUGUCCUGCCGGCGGUUGCACUGAUGCUUCGUGUUGCACGCAAUUUAAGUGCGAGGGAAAAGCGGCCAACGACAUCUGUGGUGAUGCUGCCAGGGAUACACUGAAGCUCUUAACAGGAUUACUCUGGGUGAAAGAUCCCCACCCGAUCUUCGACAUCAAUUGACUUCUCAAGCAUAGAUGACAAAGUUAUGGGAAACGUCCAUGCAUGUGCAGCUGCAGUGUGGUUUUUAGCGUAAGUGUGGUCAAUAAUCCUCUGAUGUAGCAGUAUCACAAUUAGAUACUGCGAUGUGAUCUUUUCUGUGAUUGUUCUUGAUGCCCCGUAGAGACUUUUUUGAGAAGCGCAAAGCUUAUAAUAUUAGAUGAAGUCCCACGUUGACAUGUGGGCGCCAAUCUCCCACUUCCAGCCCAAAUGCCAGACGUGCAUGUCAAUUUUUGUGGGUGGGGAUGUAAUUUUCGCACAGGAUAUCGUCAACAAGGCGAAGCAGUACAACCCGACAUAUCUUGGGCAAGAACAUCGCGCGCGUGUGACACGGUACACAGUAGAAAGAUAGACUAUUGCACUUUUACGUCAGUUCGUUCCAGAGCUCCCCUUUUCGUAGUCCGCGUCCGCCACAAUAGCAUUACGCUACGCGGUUCAAAACUUUGA